CCGGAUCUUGCGAAGUGCAGCCAGGAAGCGUCAUAGACUCCACGUCGCCAAGAAGACUCUCCGCUCUGAACUACGCUCUGUCUACCAGCCCGACUCAUUUCUCAGGGUGGUCGGGCACUUUGGCCAAACACUAUCCGCAGACGUAGAAACAUGCCUCUCCGGUUGGACAUCAAGCGGAAGCUGACCGCUCGGUCGGACCGUGUGAAGAGUGUGGACCUGCACCCAACUGAACCAUGGAUGGUUGCCAGCCUGUACAAUGGCAGUGUCUGUGUCUGGAACCACGAGACACAGACCCUGGUGAAGACAUUCGAGGUGUGUGACCUGCCUGUGAGAGUGGCUAAGUUUGUGGCGAGGAAGCACUGGGUCAUUGCUGGAGCAGAUGACAUGCAGAUCCGUGUGUUUAACUACAACACUCUGGAGAGAGCUCACAUGUUUGAGGCCCACUCUGACUACAUCCGCUGCAUCGCAGUCCACCCAACACAACCUUACAUCCUUACCAGCAGUGAUGACAUGCUGAUCAAGCUUUGGGACUGGGACAAGAAGUGGGUGUGUGGUCAGGUGUUUGAGGGCCACACCCACUAUGUCAUGCAGAUCGUCAUCAACCCUAAAGACAACAACCAGUUCGCCAGCGCCUCCCUGGACAGGACCAUUAAAGUGUGGCAGCUGGGAUCUUCCUCCCCUAACUUCACUCUGGAGGGCCAUGAGAAAGGAGUCAACUGUAUCGACUACUACAGCGGAGGGGACAAGCCCUAUCUUAUAUCAGGAGCUGACGACCGCCUGGUCAAGAUCUGGGACUACCAGAAUAAGACAUGUGUGCAGACUCUAGAGGGCCAUACCCAGAAUGUGUCCUGUGUCAGCUUUCACCCUGAGCUGCCAAUCAUUCUCACAGGCUCCGAGGACGGCACCGUGAGAGUCUGGCAUUCCAGCACGUACCGCCUGGAGAACACACUGAACUAUGGGAUGGAACGUGUGUGGUGUGUGUGUGGCCAACGAGGCGCCAACAGUGUGGCGCUGGGAUAUGAUGAAGGCAGCAUCAUCAUCAAGUUGGGUCGCGAGGAACCAGCAAUGUCUAUGGACUCUAACGGUAAGAUCAUGUGGGCCAAGCACUCUGAGGUGCAGCAGGCCAACCUGAAGGCCAUGGGAGAGGCUGAGAUACAGGACGGAGAGAGGCUGUCCCUGGCCGUCAAAGACAUGGGCAGCUGUGAAAUCUAUCCCCAGACCAUCCAGCACAACCCCAACGGCAGGUUUGUGGUAGUGUGUGGGGAUGGAGAGUACAUCAUCUACACUGCAAUGGCCCUGAGGAACAAGAGCUUCGGUUCAGCACAGGAGUUUGUUUGGGGCCACGACUCCUCAGAGUAUGCUACUCGGGAGAGCACCAGCAUGGUCAAAGUCUUCAAGAACUUCAAGGAAAAGAAGUCUUUUAAACCAGACUUUGGGGCAGAAGGUAUCCAUGGUGGGUUCUUGCUGGGCGUGAGGUCAGUGAGUGGUCUGGCCUUCUACGAUUGGGAGAACACAGAGCUGGUCCGCCGCAUUGAGAUCCAGCCUAAACACGUCUUCUGGUCAGAGUCUGGGGAGCUGGUGUGUAUUGCCACGGAGGAGUCUUUCUUUGUGUUGCGCUACCUGGCUGAGAAAGUGGCAACAGCACAGGAGACCAAGGAGGGAGUCACCGAGGAUGGGAUAGAGGAUGCCUUCGAGGUGUUGGGUGAGAUUCAGGAGGUGGUGAAGACUGGUCUGUGGGUGGGAGACUGUUUCAUCUACACCAGCUCAGUCAACAGACUCAAUUACUACGUAGGAGGAGAGAUUGUCACCGUCGCCCACCUGGACAGAACUAUGUACCUGUUGGGCUACAUCCCUAAGGAUGACCGUCUGUAUCUGGGUGAUAAGGAGCUGAACAUCGUCACUUACUCUCUGCUGGUGUCGGUACUGGAGUACCAGACAGCUGUAAUGAGGAGGGACUUUGGGAUGGCCGACAGGGUCCUACCCACCAUCCCUAAAGAGAUGAGGACCAGGGUCGCCCACUUUUUAGAGAAACAGGGUUUCAUGCAGCAGGCUCUGGCUGUGUCCACAGACUCAGAACACAGGUUUGAGUUGGCUCUGCAGCUAGGAGAACUGAAGAUCGCCUACCAGCUGGCUGUAGAGGCUGAGUCGGAGCAGAAGUGGAAGCAGUUGGCAGAGCUGGCCACCACUAAGUGCCAGUUUGUCCUGGCCCAGGAGUGUCUGCACCAUGCCCAGGACUAUGGGGGGCUACUGCUGUUGGCCACAGCCUCGGGCAACACCACCAUGGUGGGCAAGCUGGCAGAGGGGGCAGAGAGAGAUGGCAAGACCAAUGUGGCUUUCCUCACCUAUUUCCUCCAGGGGAAACUGGACAAAUGUCUGGAGCUCCUCAUUAAAACCAACCGGCUGCCAGAGGCUGCAUUCCUGGCCAGAACAUACCUGCCCAGCCAUGUGUCUAGAGUGGUGAAGCUGUGGAAGGAGAGCCUGGGGAAGGUGAACCAGAAGGCAGCUGAUGCGUUGGCCAACCCUACAGACUACAGCAACCUGUUCCCCGGCCUACAGGAGGCCUUCCUGGCCGAAGACUACCUCAAGGAGACCCACGUCAGGCUGAGGCCUGCCGCAGAGUACCCUCUCAUCACCUCCAAUGAGAAUAGGAAUGUCCUGGAGGAAUCUGCAGACUAUGUGCCAAAAGUAGUGCCUGCUGAACCAGAGGUUGCUGGGAGCAUGGAUGAAACCCCUGUAUUGAAAGCAGUGGUAGAAACCCCUGUAAUGGCAGCAGUGGUGGAGGCUGCAGCCCCAGAAGCUCCAGUAGUGGAAGAGUCCAUUGUCAUGGAAGAGGUAGAACCUGUUGCAGCUGCAGUAGUGGAGUUUAUCCCAGCAGUGGAAGAAUCUAUCCCAGUGACAGUAGUGGAACCAACUAUGGCUGCAGUGGAAGAAUCCAUUGAGUUGGCAGAGGAGGAACCCAUUAUUGUUGAAGUGGAAGCUCCCGAGCCAAAGCAGGCAACAUCAGUGGAAGAUAUCAUCACUAAGAUAGAGGCUCUUGUCACCAUAGAAAAUGACACAGAAGUACCCCUCUUGGUGCCAGAGGUAGCACAGUCCACCCCAGAGGAAGAUUUCAGAGCAACACCAGAGGAGGCCGUUGAGGAAGGACCUGCAACAAUGAAGCUCAUAGCAACAGAUGCACCUGUUACAGAGUCUUUCACAGAACCCAUUGUAACAGAAGCACCAGUUGCCGAGGAAGCGCCAGUGCCUAUAGCAACAGAACCAGAACCUGUUACCAUAGAAGCAGUGGUGGAAGCUGAAGCACCCAUUGCCGCAGCAGUACUAGAAGCCAUAGCAACAGAACCCAUGGUUACAGAACAAGCACCUGUUACCAUUGAAGUGGCAGUGGCAGCAGAAGCACCCAUUACUGAGGCAGUAGCAGAAGCCAUAGCAGCAUCUGAAAAAGCCCCAGUCAUUGUAGAAGAGAAUGAACCUGCCCCAGCACCAUUCAUAGACCUAGUCCCAGCCAGAGACCUAGCCUCAGCCAUAGACCUAGUCCCAGCCAGAGACCUAGCCUCAGCCAUAGACCUAGGCCCAGCCAGAGACCUAGCCUCAGCCAUAGACCUAUCCCCAGCACCACUCAUAGACCUAGCCCCAGCCAGAGACCUAGCCUCAGCCAUAGACCUAGCCCCAGCCAUAGACCUAGUCCCAGCCAGAGACCUAGCCUCAGCCAUAGACCUAGUCCCAGCCAGAGACCUAGCCUCAGCCAUAGACCUAGGCCCAGCCAGAGACCUAGCCUCAGCCAUAGACCUAUCCCCAGCACCACUCAUAGACCUAGCCCCAGCCAGAGACCUAGCCUCAGCCAUAGACCUAGCCCCAGCCAUAGACCUAGCCCCAGCACCAUUCAUAGACCUAGCCCCAGCCAUAGACCGAGCCUCAGCCAUAGACCUAGCCUCAGCCAUAGACCUAGCCAGAGACCUAGCCCCAGCACCACUCAUAGACCUAGCCCCAGCCAGAGACCUAGCUCCAGCCAGAGACCUAGCCUCAGCACCAUUCAUAGAUCUAGCCCCAGCCAGAGACCUAGCCCCAGCCAGAGACCUAGCCUCAGCCAUAGACCUAGCCCCAGCACCACUCAUAGACCUAGCCCCAGCCAGAUACCUAGCCUCAGCCAUAGACCUAGCCCCAGCUCCACUCAUAGAACUAGCACCACUCAUAGACCUAGCCCCAGCCAUAGAUCCAGCUACAACCCCAACUGUAGAGGACAAGGCUGCAGCAGCCCCAGCAGUAGAGCCCCUACCAGCACUCACCCAGGUGGUUCCACCAGGCGCAGAGCCAGCCCCUGCAGCCCCUCUAGCUGCCCUCUUAGAGGGUAAAGGUGUGGAGGAGGCAGCCCCUGCAGCCCCUCUAGCUGCCCUCUUAGAGGGUAAAGGUGUGGAGGAGGCAGCCCCGGCAGCCCCUCUAGCUGCCCUCUUAGAGGGUAAAGGUGUGGAGGAGGCAGCCCCUCUAGCUGCCCUCUUAGAGGGUAAAGGUGUGGAGGAGGCAGCCCCGGCAGCCUCUCUAGCUGCCCUCUUAGAGGGUAAAGGUGUGGAGGAGGCAGCCCCUCUAGCUGCCCUCUUAGAGGGUAAAGGUGUGGAGGAGGCAGCCCCUCUAGCUGCCCUCUUAGAGGGUAAAGGUGUGGAGGAGGCAGCCCCUGCAGCACCUCUAGCUGCCCUCUUAGAGGGUAAAGGUGUGGAGGAGGCAGCCCUUGAAGCCCCUCUAGCUGCCCUCUUAGAGGGUAAAGGUGUGGAGGAGGCAGCCCCUCUAGCUGCCCUCUUAGAGGGUAAAGGUGUGGAGGAGGCAGCCCUUGAAGCCCCUCUAGCUGCCCUCUUAGAGGGUAAAGGUAUGGAGGAGGCAGCCCCUGUAGCAGUAGCAACAGCAUCCAUGGACCUGCUGGACCUGAAUGAUGAGGGCCUUGACGACCUGGACAUGUUUGAUCUGGACGAUGACAUCGACACCACAGACGUCAAUCUGGACGAUGACUUCUUAGACGACUGAAACUCUUGGAGAAAUGCCCUUAAAGUGACCAAAGAGCACAGUGUUGUUCAUACUCCUGGUGAAUGGGAGUGUGUGUGGGAGAGCGGGGUGUUUUUACCUUUACAGUGAAACUGGUGAAAGGUGGGGUGGAUGAGUUCAUGUCUUUCCAUCUUUACACUAACUGUGAAACACUGUGGGAGGGGGUUUGUAGAAUGCUUUGGGUGAUAAUGUGGACUGGGUUCAUUCAUUAGGAAUAAACACAGUAAAUGUUUUGAAACAGGAUACAAAUUUGCCUUCUUAUUGAACAGGUCAAAUGUACUGUGUCAAAUUGAGUUCUGGUUUCGCACAUGCUGAACACAACCCCGGGUUGUAUUCAUUAGUCGUAUUUCAUUGCAAAAUGUUUUGCAAUGGAAACGGUUUACUCCAAAUACAAAACACGUUUCUAUUGCACAAAUGUUCCAUUGCAAACAUUUAGCAAUGGCAUCCAACUAGUGAAUACACCAUGGUUUUGAAAUCCUUUGUACAGUACUUCAUCCUCCAACUCUCACAUUGACCUACAGUAUAGAAUGAUAGUGUGAACCAGAGUGGUCAUGUGUUUGACAUGUUUACCUUAUCCUCUCACAUAGGAAGAGGGGAAUAGUUUACUACUGUACCUCUUACCGCUAGCUAAACAGGCUUUGAUCUUUCAUUCAUUAGUUAGGUCAUGAGCUUGUCUUCAGUAUACCUCUACAUGUCUUGGCAAGCAUGCUGCUCUGCCAUGGUCUAGGAUCUUAUGCAUCUGCUGUUUUUAAUAAGGAACCUACUUCAUUGUUACAGAUGUGAACCCAAGUGCCUUAUGUAUGACUGGUCUGGAAUUAAAUGUUAUCAACUCAAUAAAGAUGACAAGUGUGUGUCUGAAUCAG